AUGGCCGACCCGCGGAUUACGGCCAUCGACAAGGCCCUUGGCGACGUCCAACUUCCCGCGCAUAGCCUCGUGCUAACGGCCCAAAGCAGCUACUUUAAACGUGCUCUACAAGGCGAGAUGCAAGAGGGCAAGACCAGAAAGUUCGAGUACAGCCAAGGCAGCAUGCAGGCGUACUGGCGGGCCUUUGAAUACAUGUACACGGGAAAGUACUCCGAAGAGCCGUGCAUGAAGCUAAACGAUACAGAUGACGACGAGCUCUCCAAGGACGUUCGAGUGUAUCAGCUGGCCGAUUACUUUGGAGUGGACGGCCUUAAAGACGAUGCUCUGCAGAAGUUCAAGGCGAAAAUCACCAAGCUAUGGGUUACCGAGCUGUUUGUUGAUUGUAUAAGAGAUGUUUACCAAUCUACAAGCGAUGAAAAGUGCAAAAUGAGGCAGGCUGUUGUUGAUGUCGUAAACCAACAUCGGUCUGAGUUGUGGCAAAGAAGGCCUUUCAAAGACCUUGUCCGUGAGGGUGGUGACUUUGCGGUGGACUUGAUGAGUAAACUCUUGGUUGAAGAUGAGGAGAAAACGGUUGUGUGA